AUGUCAGGUACCAGAUUGAAGCCACCUUAUCGCGUCUACAUCAAGAAUCUUCACUACGCAGUUACUGAAGAAGAUUUGUAUGCCUUGUUUGAGAAAUAUCGUCCUGUGGCCAUCCUAGUCCCUACUUAUACAAUUAGGUUUAGCAAAAGUGGGAGACGCAAGCCCUUUGGAUUUGCCUAUGUUGAGCUAGCAGGUCCUGAACAAGUGGAGGCAGCAGUGAAGGAAUUUGAUGGGAAACUGUUCCACGGGAAAACUCUCACAGCCACCGUUUUCCAACCCUACAACCCUCAACACAGGUUCUGGUUAGAUGGUACAAGUUUGGUGACUCCUACUCCACGAGUGCAACUGAAUGCCCCAAAUGCGGAGUCAAAUGCGGAACCCAAUGCUCAAACUUCAAAUGCUAAUGUAACUCCAAAUGGGGCACCAGUUGUGGUACCGGUUGUGGUACCAGUUGACGGUGCUUCAUCCACAGGCAAGAUAUUGAUUUCAAAGAUUCGAGGAGAAAUCACGUAUUCCGAAAUUGAGGAUUUCUUCAGCGAUUACAACUUUAACGACAUCUCCAUAUGCAGACACAAAACGUCAAUCGUCAAUCCAUUGACCCUUACAGGUUCUUACUAUAGUGCUAUCAUUACUGUAGAUACAUCAACUAAGAGCGUGGAUGAAAUUAUUGAGGCAUUAAAGCCAAAAAAGUUUAUGGGGAAACGAGUUAAGUUGAAGCCAGCCACGACGAAACAAGCAACACAAGUUGAAAGAGAUGAUAUUUUUGCAAACCUGAUUGUUCAAAAUGAUGAGCAGCAGGUAACAACUUUGGAAACUCAAAACAAAGAGCACACUUUUCCAGCUGAACCAACCAAUUUAGAAUCGCCAGACCCAACAUCGAUGAUAGUUAGUCCUGGUCUGACUCAAAGCUCCAAUUUCAAUGCUAGAAUCAACUCCCCGUGA